AGCGUUUUUGUCAACGAAAAUUACGUAGAUUCCAUCGAAGGGUUAACACUUUUAAAGUAUAUUCGGAAGUAACGACGGAUUCGAAAGACGAAGUUUAGUUAGACGAAAAUGUUGUCGACACUUGUGCGUACCUGCAUUAUCGUAGCGUAGCUUAGGAACUUGGGUACUUUUAGUGUCGCAUUAUUUUCGAUUUAAUAGAAUUUAGUGAAAUUCCAUUCAGUUUGAUUAAAUUUCCAUUUGAUUCGAUCCUCUUUCGUUUCGUUUCACUCCGUUCCGUUCCGUUUCGUUUCGUUUCGUUUCGUUUCGUUCCGUUGAAUUUCGUGUUCGUUUCUGACGAAGCCAUUUGUUCGCACUGUUUCUGCUCCUGUUGGCAACGGUGUACAGUUGCGACUAUGGUCUCGAAACCGCUGGUCGCUCAUCCUUUCCACUCGUCCUCGUCGGACCGGACAGAAAUCGAUCUUUUCUCUCUUUCUAGCAUUUUCCAUUCCCUUUCUAUGGUGGUGUACGCGUAAGAUAGCUCGAUCCCGUUCCAUCUUAUGGCCGAGACACGCCUCCCACUCGUGGCGCGCGACCGCUGUCGGAUCGUCGCGGAUGGUCGGAUGUCGGGGAUUCAGUCGACGCCGAACCGGCACGCGUGCUGGCCGAAUCGUUUCGUACGCGUUGCAUCGUGUUUUGCGUUUUGCAUCACGCCACCGCGUCGUAUCGGCUCUCCUAUUCGCGCCACGUUUCGUUCCGUUCCGUUCCGAGUUUCGCACCGCUUCGUUUUACGAAGAGAUUUUGGCCUCGCGUUCGGUCGCGCUUACGAUCGGUCCGUAAGAGUGUGCGCGCAUACCAGCGCAACGAAAAACUUGUGGAAGCUCGUUCCGUGGUCGUAGAUCCGCGAAAACGCGCGCAGCCAUGCUAGAUCAUCGGAACGAGGACGAUCCAGCUGCUCGGUGUCGCGUGUGAACGCGUUUCUUGUACUUCCACGAACGGUGAAGAAACAAGUGGAAAGAAGUGACGCGUGCAAAGUUUUUCGGUGGAUCGCUGUUCGAUUUUCUGCUCCGCUAUACGAUUUCCUCGUUCGAUUUUCGGCUCGUCCUCCAGGUUCUCGACAACUGGACGUUUUCGCUUCCGUUUUCGGAUCUUGUACCCUUCGUUGCUUUUCACCGAGAAACGUCGUCGACGAGAUCCGCCGUGGACGUCGGAACGAACAGAUAUGGAUUUCGUGAUUUUAAAGGUGAACGGACAAGACGUGUCGAACUCUAGUCACGAGGAUGCGGUGCGUUGCUUUCAAUCGGCCCAGGAACCGAUCGUCGUCGAGGUGCUUCGCCGGCAGUCGGUGGUGCACGGACAACGAACCGCGUGGAAGGAGCAGGAGAGAAACGAGGAGAAGACGAUCGAAGCGAACAAGAGGGAACAACAGCCGGUGAACGUUUGUCCGACUUUGGUAUCGACCGCGGUGCAGACCGAUUGGGCCGGUCUCCUCGAAGAAGCCGAAGAGGAGAUGUCUCUCGACGCGAACGACCAACCGAACGACGCCUUCGAGCAUUUCCUCGCGCACGACAUCGAUUUCGAGGAAGUGACGUUACGGAAAACGGGAAGCGCCGAGAAGCUGGGACUCACGGUGUGUUACAGCUCGGGCUCGGGUAGCGAGGACGCCGACACGGAGGUCUACAUCUCCGAGAUAGUUCCGGAGAGCGUGGCGGCGCGAGACGGUCGAUUAAGGGAAGGCGACCAAAUAUUGAGGGUGAACGGAAAGGACGUGGCGAACAAAGAGCAGACGGAGAACCUGUUCGCCGAGACGAAGAACGCUGUAACCAUUCUCGUCAGUCGAUGCCUCUAUCAGGACGACGAGUACGAGGACAGACGCGCUUAUCGUCGGGGCUCGCCGUCUUUCUCGCCGGAUCAUCUACCCUCCUACCAGAACAGUUUGAUCGAACAGUUGAUCCGGCAACAACAGCAACAAACGGAAGAACGUACCAAAGAAACGGAACAGGACGGUUCCUCGUUCAAGCCUCCUCCACCGGUGCCCUCUCACACCGGCUCUACCACGAUCGUCACCGUCGCCACCGCCGCCGCCAUCGCGACCACCACCACCGCCGCCACCACCGUUAUCACCACUACCGCCACCACCUCCUCCUCGUCGACCUGCUCCUCGUUAAACUCGCAAAAAUCCGGAAGAAACGCAACGUCGCCGGCCCGUCAAACGGAUCACGAUCGCAAACAAAUCGUACCGGAAGCGCUCAAGGACUGUUCGAAAAGGAUGGAGGGGCUAUGCUUGCGAUCGAGUCAACAGUCGUCAAACUCGAACUGUGCCGGUCCAGGCUCGGUGAAACUGGCCGACGCUUAUUCGAAUCACGCGUGGAACGAAACGGAGCACAUCUACGAGACGAUACCGGAAUCGGACAGUGAACCGAUCUACUCGUCUCCGUACGAGCAUCGUCACUGGCCCCAGUCGAAUCAUUGCGUCGCGCUCGCGACACCGACCACUGCCGCGACCGUGACCGCGACCGCGACCACGACCCUGACCACGACCCCGACCGUCACCGCGUUCGCGAACGCCUCGCUGCCGAUAACGUUGCCGAUAACCACGAUUUCGACGACGAACGCGAGCGUCGUUCCAACGAUCGUUCCACAGAUCGGCAGAUGGUACUGUUCGUCGAAGAGCAACAGCUCCGGAGAGGAGAAGGACAGUUCGAGCGCGUACAACACCGGUGAAUCGUGCAAUAGUAAUCCGCUGACGUUGGAACUGCAACGAGGCGAACGGGACCAUCACAAAAGCACGUUGGUCCUUUGCCCGCCUAAAACGCCAACGGCGCAACAACAGCAACAAAGACUGGCUUGCACUUGUCUCGCGUCCGCGAACAAACAGACCAAGAGUCAGUCGACGAGAAGAGGCUCGGGCGCUCAUCAUUUCAGGGAUAGGGGAAUAGUCGAUCCGACGACGACGAACUCCACCACCACUACCACCGCCGCCGCCGCCGCCGCCACCACUCUCGUCGUCGCCACCACCACCGUUACCGCUACCGCCACCUUACCCGCCGACACCAUGUACACGAACAUGGCGAAUCUGCAACAGACGAUGCUUUUGCAGCAGCAGCUGUUCAAACGAGCGCUCGAUCGAAGAAACUCGACGGUCGUCGCUCUCCGGGACAACGGCGGUACCGCGAAAAAGUCGAGGUCUCACGGUAACUUUCAAGCCCCGAAUCUGACGCGGUAUCAGUUCAUCGGAAGUCAACAAGUGUGCGCUUCGAGCCCCUGGGUACCGCCCGAGGGCAAAGGAAACGACGUGCAGAUGGAAUGGAAAGUGAAGAGGAGAGCGGACGGGACGAGAUACAUCGCGAGGAGGCCGGUCAGAAAUCGCAUUCUCAGAAACAGAGCGAUCAAGAUAUCCGAGGAACGGGCUGGUCAUAGCACGGAAGACGACACCAUGUCGGAAGCGAAGAUCGGCAGAUACUGGACCAAGGAGGAACGGAAAAGGCAACUGGAACGCGCUCGCGAGCGUAAACAGAGACAGCAGGAACUGAUGUUGCAACAUCAUCACCAACAGCAACAGCUUCAAUCGCAGCAGACCAACCAGUUGCUGAUCUGCGAACACGGGGACGAGAAAAUCGCGAAGAAACCGUUCAACAUAUUGGAGCUUAGUCACAAGAAGAUGGCUCGCAAGAAAAACGCUCUCGAUGAUUUUACCACCGUUCAGGAGAUGUUGGUCCAUGGAAACAGAGUCGGUGGAACAGCAGGUUCGGGAACCGGUGGGAAACUGAUGGGUCUUCUCUCGGUGACGACUGUCUGAGUCGUUUUCCCCAAACUUUCGCCUUUCUCCCUUUGUCUCGUCCUGGUCGCUUCCUACCACUUCGUAUAUAGAUAUAUGGAUCGAUCGAUCGAUCCACGCCCCUGUUCCUCCUUGCGAGCACACCACUUUUUUUUUUUUUUUUUUUUUUUUUUUUUUUUUUUUUUUUUUUUUUUUUUUU